UUCGUUGGUUUAGAGGACAAGGUAUUGCUGAGUAUCGUAAUGUUGCUAUAUUGUUUACAAUAUGAAUGCAGAACCUAUGGUAGAUCAACUGUAUUUACAAGGCUCGGAACGUAAAUAAACAGAGAGAAUGUAGCCACCCGGAAUGUUUACUAUCUAGGUCGAUCAUGUUGUCAUUUGGGCUUGCUGUUAUUCUGUCAAUUGUUAUUUAUUUUGUGUGGCUAAAAAGAAUAUAUCGUCAAUACCGACAGUGCGUAGCACAGAAUGGGACUGGAUAUAUUGUAUCAUUAAUCCAAAAGGCUUCUAUUGCAAAAGACCCAGACGGAAUUUGUUCUCACGGUAAACAUAGAGAAGAUGGAUUACCAUGGCCACACGCUGACGGGCAGGACCAAGUUUCCGAAAAUCUCCGAGUGCUUUUUGUAACGGCGCAUCCCGAUGACGAGUGCAUGUUCUUUGCUCCGGCUAUCAUACAUUUUGUGAAGUUAAAUGUUUCGGUGUACUUGUUGUGCUUGUCGGCAGGAAAUUAUUACAAUCAGGGAGAGAUUCGGAAGAAGGAACUUCUCAAGAGCUGUGGUGUUCUAGGAAUCCCAGCAGCUCAUCUGACGGUCAUUGACUGCAGCGAGCUUCCGGACCAUCCCAGAGUGCAAUGGGACACAGACCUUGUCUCAACACUGAUCCUCAAGCAAGUAGAAGCCAGCGCUAUUAACCUGGUGCUGACUUUCGAUAAAAGUGGAGUAAGUGGCCACGUUAACCACAUCACCCUCUACAGGUCUCUCAGGUAUCUUUCUUGUGCAGGGAAAUUACCAGAAGGAUGCUGCGCUCUUGCCUUGGAAACAGUGAAUAUCUUCAGGAAGUACGUCUCCAUCUUCGAGCUGCCCAUUAGCUGGUUCAGUGCCUCUGACUUUAUUGCCAUCAUAUGGAAAAAGGAAUAUGGACAAGCUAAGAGAGCCAUGUGUUGCCAUGACAGCCAGAUGCUGUGGUUUCGCCAGGUCUACCUGCUGUUUUCACGCUACAUGUUCAUUAACACAUUCCGGCUGAUCUCGGAAGAACGACAACGCUAGAAAACCGGAAGAACUGGCCUUUUUUUUUUGUUAACACUGUACCAUUUGAAUUGGCACACAUGUAGUAUCAGCACCAGACAGAAUAUUAGAAACAUCUGCCAUAUCAAGUGAAUCAUUUGAGGGACGAUCAGUUUCCAAAGCAUGUGUUAAAUAUGGCAGGUGAACUGAAAUAUGCAUUUCUUCUUUUUUUUGUUUGUUUGUUUUUUUUGUGAUCUGCAUAACUUACAGAUGCUAAUUCAAUAUUACCAGGGAAUUUAAGAGUUUUGUUGAGGAAUUCUUCAGACUGCUGAGUGGCAUUGGUCACUUUUUCUGCACACUGGCAAUUACACAGGGUGAUUAAAAAGUAAAUCAAUGAUAUGGUGCAUUGAGGUGGUAAACUUACUUUCUAAUCACCCUGUAUAUCCUAGUUUCAAGGUAUAGGGACCUUGACAUGAAAGUGCUGGCAUUCAGAAAGUGUAUUUUGGCCUCCCUUUGUGAGCUGCCUGAAGAAAUCCUCCAAAUUCAGUUUUACUUUAAAGGAAACUUCAAAGAUCAAAUAGACUGCACAAGUAUAAUGGUAACAAGGAUAGUGUAUUAAUAAAAGCACUGUUGUGUUCUG